AUUAAAAAAAUCAGUAAUUAUUAUUAAUAGUAAGUAAUGAGUUAGAUUGAUAAGUAUUUGUUUGCUAAUACAAGUAAAGUUUCAAGUAAAAAGGAAAAUGAAAGCUAUAAGCUUUCUAAGUCAAGCAAUUAAUCUCCUAUUAAUAUGAGUAGAAAAACGUCUAUAACUCCUACUAAAACUCGCGAAACUUCUCCUUUUUCAAAUAAAUUUUACAACAGAACAUAUGAAAGAGAUGAAAUAAAACGAUUAAGGGAAGAAAAUGAAAUGAAACAUAUUAAUGAUCUCUCUUAAACCAAAAAAUUGAGCCAAAAUUCAUACAGGAUUCUAUGUAAAUAGCUUGAAGAGAAAUUAGCUCUUGAGAUAUAAAAAUUGGAUAUGCAGGAAACGAAAAAGCUAAGUUUUGAGCAAAUAGGCAGACUUUUGACAGUAUUUGAAGUAUUUGAUGCAAUUUAAUAUAAUGAAUAAUCAGAAUUGAUGAAUUAAGAAAUAUUUUACAGUCAGGAAAGCCAUAUUGUUAGCAGAAGAGAUGAAGAAAUGGAAUUUCACGAAUAAAUUUGGAUGAUACUUAGCAACUAUGAAAAAGAUGGAUAAUAUGUUUAAGCAGAUUUUGUAUUUGCUAUUUUAAGAUUGUUGUUUGACCCAGCAUAGCUAAAAGUAGACUAACAAGAAACAUUAUUUACCCACUACAUUUUAAAGUAGUUCCCUAAUACAAACGACAAAAAAUAGAAGUUUAUAAAAGAGAUUCAGGGUCAAUAGUACAUGCCUUGGAGUACUAAAUAAUUUAUCCACAAAUAUCGUAAGUUGAUUAUGACAAGAGUUUCAAAAGUCUAAUUAGGAUAAAUGAGAGAAAAAGCUCACUAAGAAUUGCUAAACUCUACAUAGUAUUCUUAUAAGCCUCAAAUAAAUGAAAAAUCUAAAAUUUUAGACGAGUUAAACAGGUCUAAGCUAUAAUUAGACCAUUUAUUAUUUAGUAAAGACGGUGAAAACAAAUAGAAAGGAACAAGCAGAUCUCCAACACCAGACAGAAUAGUUCUCCUACACUAAAAAAAUGAAAUAAAAAACAAUAAAAUAAAACAGCAAUAAGAAAUUAUAAAAUAAAAUGAGUUAAAGUAGUGCACUUUUCACCCAUAAACAAAUCAUAAUAGUAUUAAUGCUAGCAGAGCACACUCUAAGUCUCCUAACCGCUCUUAGUCAUAAAAAUCAUUUGACACAGAAAAUACUGAUAGAGUCUUUGAAAGAUUAUAUUCUUAGAGAAGCAUUUUACCAGAUAAAAAUGAAGUUGAAUAGAGAAGAAAAUAAUUAGAAGAAUAAAAAGAGCAAGAAUAGCUCAGAUAAUGUACAUUCUAACCAUAGUUAACUACUUACUCUCCUAACAACAGAAGUAAAAGUCCUAAUGGAUUUGAUAGAACAGUAGGAAGACUUCGUUUGGGACAUUAAAAGCAUGUUGAACACUAGCAAAAACUGGAAUUCAAACCUGCUGGGGAAGGCUAUGAGUAAAAGUAAAAAUAAAAAUUUAAUCCUCCUGAAAUGCUUGGGAGAAAUGAAGCCAAAUAUAAACCUUUUAUUGUACUAGACAUAAAUGUUAGACCUGGCAAAAAUGGUAGAAUAGGUAUCUGCGAAGGAGAUAAUCCAGUAACUUUAGCAAAAAAUUUUUCUAAGGCUUAUGACUUGGAUUAAGAUAUGGAAGAAACUGUUUUGGAGAUCAUUUAGCAAUAAAUAUAAAAUUAUUACAGUAAGAAGCAAUUAAAAUCAGUUAAAUCCUCAUCAUAAAUCUAGAAUAGCCAAUAAAUAUACUAAAAUAAAACAACUUAUACACAACGUGAUGAAAAUUAUUACAAUGAUAAUGAUGACAGUAAUUCUUAAUAUUAUAGCUAAACUCAUCACAGUUAUGCUUCAUAUUCAUGA